AUGCUGAAGGCGUUGGCGCGGAAUGACUUUCAUGACUUAGGCUUCUUGGGCCCUAUGUUCACCUGGUCCAAUAAUAAGGACGCCGCUAGCUGCAUCUGGGUGUGGUUGGAUAGGAUUCUGAUUAACUCGGAGGGGCUCGGGGCUGCGCCGUUGGCCGCGGUUAAGCAUCUUCCUUGUUUUGCUUCUGACCACUGCCCCUUGUUACUUGAAAUGGGCCUUAAUACUUCUGUGCCUUGCUUCAAAUGGAUCCGAUUUGAGGACGUCUGGAUGAGCUACCCAGCUUCCUGGAAGAUUGUGUUCGAGGCCUGGAACAAGGCGGAUUUUGGCACUCCGGAGGAGACGGCGAACCGGAAAUGUAGCAGAACCUUGCGGGCUAUUUUUUAUUGGAGCCGCAACCGUGUCCGUGAUCUGGGAAAGCAGAAGGACCACCUUGAAGGGAAGAUCAAAGCACUACAACUCAUUGACUGUUCUGAGAAGGGGCUUACCCCCGAGCAGGAUUCUGAGCUUCGGUCGACGGUUGGGGAAUUCAGUGCGACUCUGGCCCGCUUGGCUACGUGGUGGCGACAACGUGCAAAGGUCCGUUGGAUUGAGGAGGGCGAUGCUAAUUCGCACUUUUUCCAUUCGAUGGCCUCUGUGCGGCGACGGUCGAACCGGGUUGACGAGGUGAAAUUGAUAGAUGGAGAGACUUCCAGGGAUCCGCAGGUGAUUCACGACGAGUUCUGGAAUUUCUUUUCUUUGAAAUGGAGGGCCUGCGAAACCCAAAGGGAAAGUUGGCCGACCUUUGAGCCAGAUAAAAUGCUGAACGAGCAGGCACGCAACUUACUAGACGCGAAGGUUUUGGAGGAGGAAAUUAGGAGAGCGGUGUUCAGCAUGGGGAACAAUCGGGCUCCUGGCAUUGAUGGUAUUACUUCCUCCUUCAUGAAAUUUUAUUAG